CCCCACUGGCUGGGCUCCUCCCGGGGUCUACUGCUGCAGUGUGUGCCACCUUCAGUCCCAUGCCCACUGGGAGGUCAUCCACAAGCCACCCACCACUCCUCACAACAAAGACGCACCCGACAGGCAACUCUGCCAGAUCUCUCGCAACUCCAUCACAUUCUCAAAGCGUGACAGACCGGGCACCGUGACGUUCAUCGACAACUUUUCCUUCUUCGUUGCCUGUGUGAAUGUGGACACCAGGAAGAUGGAUCGAGAGGAGUUGGUGGAGCACUGCCAGGCUGUGAGGUCGGAGCUGUUUGCUGCAGUCGUGGCAGGUCUGGAGAACACUCACCACACAAACUCUCGCCCAGUGCCCGCCUUCCUGUGCCCCGUCCAGAAUGAAUCUUGUAGCACUGAACUGCACAUCGCACGUAUAUCCGAGAAUGGCAAGAAAUGGAUAUGCUCUGAAAAUUCUAAUGUGUUUGACAGUGUUUCUCCUAAACAAACCUUGUGGUUUACUGGAGCCAUCACAUCUCCUUCCAAGUCCAAAGCUCCAAAGCUCAGUGAUCUGGCAAAUUGUGUUGCAGCCAUCAUUCCCCAAAAAUGGAAGCCGGUGGCUAUCCAGCUAGAGCUCAGCAGAGGAGAGAGGAAGGCAAUAGAGAAGGAUGAGGACGAGUGCUUUGAUCGAUUCAUGGCUGUUCUCGAGCAAUGGAAGCAAUCAGCUAGUCGGCCCUAUACCUGGAAGACAUUGAUCACUGCCUUGAAAUCGGCAUCUGUUGAUGAAAACUCCUUAGCAGAACAACUGGACAGAGACUUUUGCUAGUGUACAAUACCAAAGUUGUUUACGCAUGCGCACUUUAUUACCGUAUUCACAAACGUUUUUUCUUAUUGUGCGCGAGCAUUCGCCGUGCUGCUGCUGGAAAAUGGCGACCUACGCGACCCCGGGAGAGCGUCCCCCGGUUGGUCUCCCUCCCUCGAGGGAAGCCCCCAGCGACCAGUAUGGGGACGAGAUGGACGAGGCUCUAGUCGGGCCGGUGUACCUUCGGCUGGACGACCCGGCCUUCCGCUCCUACGUCCAGUACGCCAACCAAACGUACGAGGAAGAAGAGGCCGGGGAUGAAGAGCUUGGCCUCGACCUCUCCGCUCCACCGCCAGAGUCGUGGUUUCAUGGUCGCAUUAGUCGGCAGACGGCAUCCUCUAGACUCCACGACCUGCUGGGGGAGCAGGGGGUGUACCUGGUGAGAGAGAGUGAGACUCAGCCGGGGGACUACGCCAUCUCGUACCUCAGCCGUACCGGCUACGUCCACCACUUCAAGAUCAACUCCAACUGUGGCGACUACUUCAUCGGAGGUCGGCAGUUCAUGUCUCUCUCGGAGCUCAUUGGGUUCUACUCCAACUGCUCCUGCAUCUUGGAGAAUGAGAGUCUGGAGUUACCUGUUGUUCCUCCCAAGCCAGUUCCUCUGUACAUUAUGUUGAGGGCCACAGCUCCACACGUUAAGAACCCCGGCACUGAUGAACUCACUAUUGAUGUGUGGGAGGUGUUUGUCCUGCUGAGUCGGCUGAAUGAUGACUGGGGCUGGGGUCACUCCCAGCGGUCGGGGGAGAGCGGACUCAUUCCUCUCAUGAUCAUGGAGGAUGUGGUGAGAUGGGGAGUGUGUGUACAGACUGAUGAGGAUCCCAACCUGGGCAAAGUGUGGUUCCAUGACUCCAUCUCCAGAGAAGAGGUCGUGGACCUACUCACUCACAAGGGCCAAGUAGGCAGUUUUCUGGUGAGACUGUCCAGUGUGGAGAAAUCAGAGAGACACUACUCCCUCUCUGUCAAAACUCGAGAUAAGGUGCAGAGAUUCCGCAUCACCAGGUACGACACAGGAUACUACAUAUUUGGAGGGAGACCGUUCAGUAGUAUGGAUGAUGUCGUUGACAGAUACAGGAGUGAGGUCAUCAUUGAUGGAAUCACACUAGGAGCACCAAUCAUCCAGACUGUGAGGCCAGUGGGUCGGCAGGCAAUGACAGUCACCUCUCCACGAGACAGGACCAACAGUAUCAUCCUGACACAGGCACACAGACAGGGAGAAAAGACCGGACUACUCCUCCUCAGGAAAGGGAAGAAGAGUCCAGUCUAUGGCAAAUGGAAGGAGUUUUAUUUCGUCAUAAAAUACGGAGAACAGAAACUGCUCUACUACGAGCGAGAGGACAGUCAUAAAGCCAAGGGACUUUUGGAUUUGAGACAGUGUCAAGCCUUUGCCGUGGAUCCCACCCUCUAUGGCAGGAAUGGUGUAUUUAUGGUGAUGUUGAAAUAUCUCAAUGAGCUGUCGUUCUACUACUUUGCUGCUCAGACUGAGGAACUAGCACAGGAGUGGCUACGUGUUAUGAAGAGACACACUCUCAAGACCCCAGACACGGCCAAGACAGGUGCAGCAGAUCCGCUCUCUGUCUCUGUCCAUUCGAGACAGCAAGCUGGCCAAGUCCAGUGGCCACUCCAGUGUCUACUGCCUGGUGUUCCUGAACGGAGCCGCCCUCGCCAAGACCAUCCUCAUGCAGGUCCCCUGCAUCUUUGACGAGAGCUACCUCUUCCAGGAUCUCCCCCUCUCCACCACUUCGUUCUCAGUGGAAUUACUGAGUGCCUCAAAGAGAGCGUACAUCAAAGACUCCAGCAUUGGUCGUGUGACAAUUCAACUGUCGGACAUGCCCAAUGGGCAGGAUGACGACAAGUGGCACCAUCUCAUGACAAAGGGCUCAAGAACUGCACAAGGCUCCCUCAGACUGGUGGCCAACUUCAAGCAUGAGAUGAUCUUCCCCAUUGAGGAGUACACUAGUCUCAAGGAGCUGUUACUGUCAGACAAUCUGACAGUCAUAGAAGCACUGGCCACUGUGUGCAAAGAUCAUCAUGCUGAGCUGGCGUGUGCUCUCAUACAAAUCUUCUGCCACUAUAACAGGGUCUUACCCAUUGUAAACGCUUGUCUAGCGAAAUCCAUUAAAAAAGAAGAGAAUGUGGCGACACUAUUCAGAGCUAGUACCCUGGCCACCAUGCUCAUGGACCAGCUGAUGAAGCUGACUGCCAUGGACUACCUCCACAGCGUCCUCAGGGAGCCGAUACAGAGGAUUGCUGACCUCAGGGACUCCUGUGAAUUGGACCCCUCUAAGCUACCUCGAGGGACCGACCUGACUCCCCACCUCCAUCUGAUGGAGGUCCAACUCCAGAAUAUCCUCGUCUCCAUCUUCACAUCCGUUGACUCCUGUCCCCUACAUCUUCGUUACAUAUUCCACUGCCUUCAAGACAGAGUUGUGCAGAAGUGGCCGACUGAUGGCACCGUCAGAACUAGGGCUGUCAGUGGGUUCCUGUUCUUGAGGCUCAUCUGUCCAGCUCUCAUCAAUCCUCUCCACUUCAACCUUCUCUCAUGCAACCCCUCAGAGGCCUCACAGCGGACCCUGAAGCUGGUGGCCAAGGCUGUUCAGAACCUGGCCAAUCUGGUGGAGUUCAAGAGCAAAGAGCCGUUCAUGACCAGCCUUAACCCCUUCAUCACCAGACACAGGGCCGACAUGAUCAAGUUCAUUGACAACCUCUCUAACGUGUCGUCAUCAGAAGAGCAGGGAAUCCUACCGUCUCCAGAGCCAGCCAGAGAUCUGGCCGCCAUCCACCACCUCUGCUCCACCUACUACAAGAAUCUGGAGAAACUGGCAGAGAAACAGCCAGAGGUCAGAAAUCUGAUGGGACUCAUCCAGAGCUUGAGAACUGCUGAGAUUCGUUAUCUUGCCAAGUACCGUGGUCCCGAGUGACCCUUGACCCCAUGACUCUCUGCCUGACGCUCGCUCCCUCUGCCUGUUCCAUACAUGUAUUGACACACAUGGCAACUAUAAUAUUAUACCUCUACCAGUAUAGUGAUCACUCCACAGCUUUCUCUCACUAGUACUUGUACCUCGAGGAAAAAAUAUUUCCUGAUUUUAGAAGUUGAUGAAUCAUGCAAUCAAUUUUAUAAUUUGUGGAUCAUUGUAUGUGUGGAAUUAAUGCCGGUUUUAUUGAUGCUGAACUCUGUAUGAUAACCUGUUUUGUGCACUGCUAUUACAUUGCCUUAUUUGGUCGGGGGGGCGAUAGGCUGGGACGCAAGAUUAUAAUAGGUAAUAGGAAACUAUUCAGAUUUAGGAGGAUGCUGG